UUAUAAUUGAUAAGAUUUGGCCAAAUGAGAUGUCAGCUUUACUGCUGCUUUUACUGGCGUUGCUACUGACGCCUCUGGUGGCCGCCUUUGGUAACGAGUAUGUCCACAUUAAGGUCCAUGUGCCAAAGGAUCAGGCACCGACCAUUGCUGUCGAUGCUGAGCAGGGACCCCAACACAACGUCAUCCAUCACUUUCACCACCAUUCGCCAUCACAUCAAAGAUUGCGCGGACGCGCUACUUUAAAGCCGAAAAGCAGCCCACUGCUAGAGAGUGUCAUAUUGUCCGAUCUGGAUAAGCCCCUGCACAUGAGCGAGCAUGCGGAUUAUCUGAACCAUGCAAAAGAACUAGCCGAGCAUCUCAGCGAAUCCUACUCGAUGAAGAAGAUGCCGACACCGCCGAAGAAGAAGGUUAACACCUAUACGAUCAUCGAGGAAAAGUAUCGACCCUACGACUACGAGCGACCAGAUCAUGUCGUGGAUACGUAUCGCGUAAUUGACAACAGACCGCAAAAGUAUCAUAAACAUCAUCAUCACAAGCACUCACAACAUCAGCCGGAGCACAACGCUGACGAUGUGGGCUAUCAGUAUGCACCGCCAGCGCGUCAACAUCGCCACAAGCCAUCCUUUUCCUCAUUGUAUCAUGGCGAUGGAUAUGCGGAGCCGGCACCGGUCGACGAGCCAUGGGAUUUGGAGCAGGGCUACAACUAUACGCCACCCAACUAUGCGCACGUCAAGUCGGCUCAAGCGCCUGCCCACACAUUGGAGGCGCCCGAGGAGUCCUCCCUGGACAGUCCAUAUCCAUACGACUUUAGCAGCAGCAGCGACAUCAGCGGCACCAACUUCCGUCCAUCGCCUCAACUGUCUGCACAGGCGGAUGCCUACGAUGAAGACAUAGAUGCAUAUGCUGCUCCAAUCCAAUCACGUCGCCGUCACCCCGGCUUGGUGAAUUGGCCAAGUCGCACAGCCUAUAACAACGUUGCCGCUGAGACAUACAGCGGCACCGAUAGCUACAAUGUUGGACACGUCCAGGGCGGUAUCAACGAAUACCAAUAUCCCGGGCCCUACCUCUAAUCAGAAUUGCUCUUAAUAUUAAUCUAAUGAUAAUUAAUUGGAUUCUUUUUUGUUUUAGCUAGUCUUAAGUUCGAUCAAAAAUUACUUUGAAAUAAAGUAUGUAUGUAUUAAAAAUGCAAAAUAUUCAAAAUAUCACAGGAGCCUU